AUGGAGCAUGCGAUGGGGAAAUCGCCGCCGCAAUCCUCAAAUAAUUUGUGCGAAUUACUAACUUUUCUGGUUGCAAGUUUUUUUGCGGAAAUGAUUGCAGACGUUUUUCUUUCUCCAUGGGAGGCCAUUAAAAUUAAGAUACAGACCACAAGUGUGCACCGUACGCAGAUUGGUGUCAUUGUACCGAUGAUGUGGGCAGCAGAAGGUUACCGUGGGUUUUACAAGGGUCUCACGGUGCUCUGGUGCCGCCAGGUUCCGUAUACGGUUGUAAAGUUUAUGAGUUUUGAAAGCAUUGCACAGCAGUUGUAUAAGGUGUUUGGAAGCACUCCGCAGAGUGCUACGCCUAAGGCUGUGCAAAUUUUUGUGUCAUUGUUGGCGGGACUGUUGGCGGGGGUGCUUUGUUGUAUCGUCUCUCACCCUGCUGACACAAUCGUGUCCAAGCUAAACCAGCGGAUUGACACUGUCAAGGGCACGACGAGUACCUUUUGUCAUUUGCUACAUGCUAUUGGGUGGUGGGGAGUCUGGAAGGGUAUUGGUCCUCGCUUGUUGAUGGUGGGGACACUUACGGGGAUGCAGUGGGUGCUGUACGAUAGCUUUAAAGUACUUGUGGGCCUCCCCACUACCGGUGGCAGUCGCGUUGACACGAGGAACGUAUUACCUGUUUCAGGGGCCAAGGUGAAGUGA